GAAAUCUUAGAUUAUAAGUUGACGAUUUCCCCGGAAGAGAACAAUGGCAACACGGUCUGACUCUCAAUUUUCGGAAAUCCCACUUCAGCCCAAAGAUGCGGCGUUUUCACUCAUCGAAGCAUUCCAUGCGGAUCCUUUUCCGCAAAAGGUCGAUCUCUGUCCUGGCUUCUACCGCGAUGAGAAUGCAAAGCCGUGGAUUUUACCUUCAGUUGCUCUGGCAAAGCAACGGCUUCAAGCAGAUCCGUCAGAGGCACAUCACGAGCACUUGCCUAUGCAAGGCCACCCGAAGCUUCUGUCCGGAGCUCGCGAAUUGGUCUUUGGUCGUGAUGUUGAGCUGCAGCGGAUUGCGUCAAUCCAAACCGUCUCGGGCACAGGUGCGAAUCAUUUUGCUGCGCAACUUCUCUCUGAAGUUAUCAAGCCAAAGAAUGUUUGGAUUUCGGCUCCCAGUUGGAUAAACCAUACAGAGAUAUGGGAAAAUGUGAAUGACAGCAUCAACAAACGUUUCUAUCCUUACUAUAGAAAGGAAGACCAGUCUUUGGACUUUACGGGCAUGGUUGAUACUCUAUCCAGCCAAUCUCGGCCGGGGGAUGUGGUCGUUCUUCAUGCCUGUGCGCAUAAUCCGUCCGGGCUGGACUUGUCUGUCGAGCAGUGGAAGACUGUUGCAUCAGUCUGCGUGGAGAAGAAGCUCUUCCCGCUCUUUGAUUCUGCAUACCAGGGAUUUGCGACAGGGGACCUGGAAAAGGAUGCAUGGGCGAUUAGAUAUUUCUAUGGCCUUUCUCAUCUGGAGUUUGCCGUUGCUCAGUCGUUCUCGAAAAACUUUGGCAUUUACGGAGAGCGUAUAGGGGCCUUGCAUUUGGUUGUUAAUUCCGCCGAGGCUGCGCAGAGAACUUUGGGUCGUUUGCUGCGAUUGCAGCGAGCUCAGAUUACGAGCCCACCAUCAUACGGUGCGAAAAUAGUCGCGACUAUUCUGUCAGAUGAGGAGCUGUUCAAACAGUGGCUCAAGGACCUAGACCACAUGAGCGGUCGAAUUAAGCAGAUGAGAAAACGGCUAUAUGAUGAGUUGAAGAAGAGGGACACCCCUGGAUCUUGGGAUCACCUCUUGGUAGAGGUAACAUGGUUCUCCAGCAAUUUGUUGCUUUGCCAUCCGAGUUGCUAAUAAUCUCUUGAGGGGAAAACAGAUUGGAAUGUUCUCUAUCACGGGUGUUAGCAAGGAACAAGUGGACAAGUUAGUUCGGGAACACCAUGUGUAUCUGUUGCCUUCCGGGCGCAUUUCGUUGACUGGAGUGACUGAGCAUAAUGUCGAGUAUGUCGCCGAGGCCUUCACCCGGGUGCUCAAGCGAUCUCCAGGUCAUUGAUGAGAGACG